AUGGAUAAAAAGAAUAAAGCGAAAUCAAUUGUUAAGUUUGAUGAUGAAAAAUAGGCAGAAGAAAUAAUUCAAGAGGAGCCAUAGAAAAAGAAAGAUAAGAAAAAGAAAAAGGAGUAAUUAAAGAAGCAAUUGUCAGUGCAAUAGAGACAUAUUACUAUAGCUAUUCCAGAUUCAAUAAUAUCUAAUGCCUAAUCAUCUGAAUUGAGAAGUUAUUUUAUGUCUUAAUUGGCAAGAAUGUUUGCUAUCUUUCAAGUUGAUGAAGUCAUAAUACUCAGAGAUUAUUCAUAGUAUCUCUAUAUUACAAAUUUAGUAUACCUAAAAGUAAACAAUUUGAUGUAGCAUCAUAUGUUGUACGUAAUUUACAAUAUUUGGAAACUCCAUAAUAUUUAAGAAAGUAUUUGUUUCCUAUUCAUUCUGAUCUAAAGAAUGUUGGACUCAUGAAUCCUAUUGAAUCAAAACAUCAUUUACUGACAGAAUAGAUAUGUCCCUAUAGAGAAGGAGUUGUUGUAGAAAGACCUAGCAAAGGAGAUACAUCUUGGGUGGAAAUCGGACUCAAAAGAUAAGUCUUAAUUAAUUAUCCAUUACAACCAGGAACCAGAGUUACUUUAAAAUUAGAUGAUCCUACUUCUGAUAAGCUCACUGGUAUUCCUGUAUCAACUUAAGAUGCUAAGAAACAAGGUUAUUAUUGGGGAUAUACUGUUACUAUAGAAUCCAAAUUUCAUAGGUUAUUAGACAGAGGUAUAAAAUUCAUUUUUUAAUAUUAAGAUGAUUUCGAUAUGAAGAUAUUGAUUGAAACUGAAAAAAGUGAUGAAACUUUACAAACUACUAGUUGUAAUAGUUUUCAUCCUAAUUAACUAUCUUAAUAGCCUUUAAAAUUGCUAUUGGUAUUUUCUGGAUUGCAAAAGAUGACUGAUUUUACAGAGAAUGAUGAAAAAUCUAAAGUAAAGAUUUAAAUUACAUUUAGUUAUCAAGAGAUGAUAUAUAUGGAAAAUUUGAUCAUGUUUAUAGAUAUGGAAAUAAUGAAUUUGGAGUGAAGUAACUCAGAUUAGAGGAAUAAAUGUUUAUGUUUUUGUAAUCAAUUUAAUGAUUAAUCGAAUAUAAAAAAUAUUUGUCGAUAGGGAGGAACUAAAUCAAAGUAUAGGUGAUAUUGAAUUUGGCCGUUCUCUUGAACAAACAACUAUUGAUUUCAAUACAAUCGAUAAUAAUGGUCGUAAUCUUCUUCAUCGAGCUGCACUUCAAUAAAACCCUAAACUUAUUCAUGAAAUUUUGACUGAAUAUUCAAAAUUGUAAUUGCCAAUGCAUGCCUACAUUAAUUUAAAUGACAAAUUUGGUAUCAAUGCAGUCUAAAUGUGUUGUUUUGCUAAUUACAAUGAAAGAGCACCUUGUUUGGAAUAGUUUAUAGAAGAAGGAGAUUUAAAUAGUUUUAAUCCUCGAACUCUUUGGGCUCCUGCUCAUUGGGUUGCUUUCUAUGGUGAUAUAGAAAGUAUGUAACUUUUAAUCUCUAAAGAGGCUAUUCUCUUUAGAACUGAUUACGAAGGUUAUUAUCCAUUAGAUUUGGCGGGACGUAAUAAUAAAAAGGUUGUUGCAAUUGUGAUAAUAGAAUUCCUCAUCUAGUUCCUUAUUGAUUAUGAAAGAUCAAGAGUGUCAUAAAGAGUUAAGAAUUUAGUUUAUGAUAGAUUUUGUGAAUAUGAACGAUUUAUUUGUAAUCCAGCCUUAAAACUAUCUCUUUUUUAUUGGUCCUGCUAUUUUAGAUUAAACAAUCUAGAACGUUUUGUAGUAUUCAAUAGAUUCUAUCCUUUGGCUAUAUAUUUGGAUUCAACAGCUUUGCAUAACUCUAUAACAAAUUCUAAUAUGGAAGCUUUCCUUUAUCUUUUGCAUUAAAGUUAAAUCAAACCAUUUACUUAAGGAAUACUCUUAUCACGUAAUGCUACUCCAGAAAAUAACAGAAUAUUUUCACUCAAAAAAGAUGAAUUAUAAAUUUAUAAAAGAAGAUAUCAAUUAUAUCUUGUUCAUUUAGAUGAAUGGGAAUAUGAUUAUUUGAAUAAUUAGAUAUCUUUAUUAGAUUAAGUAGAUAAAUUUGGUAACACUCCUCUACAUGUAGCUGUUUUAUCUAAUAAUACUGAAAUAAUUAAUUACUUAAUUCAAUUUGGAUGCAGAAUAGAUAUUUAAAAUAGUGAAUAUUGGACUCCUGUAGAUUUUAGUUAUUCUUAAGAAGUACGUGCAAUUUUUAGAGAAAACGAAAAACUUAAACUAAAAUCUGUAAAGAAUAUUUAAAAUUUUCUUUUUACAUGCAAAUUACCUACGUAAAAAUAUGAUCCAAUACAUAAACGCAAUUUAUAUUUAUGUUAAGCCAUUAAAGAAAUAGAGGUUGAUAAUUUAUUUUCAAUAAGUUAAGAUCUAAUCGUUCCUGAUUUUGUAAUUAAAUGUAGUGCUCAACAUAUUUCAAAACUAAAUUUCUAAAUCUAAGUUCUUAUAAAUGCUAAAUUUGAAGUCUAUUUAGCUAAAUCCGAAAUAGAUCAUUUUUAUUAUAUUAUGUUGAGAAGUCCUUUGAAUUAAUUGUAAAUGUAAGCUAUGAUCUAAAAAGUUUAAGUUAAGUUAUUGGAUAGUUAUGAUUAUGAACCAUAUGAUUCUAAUGGACAUUUUGAACCUUUUCGUUCCCUUUAAAGAUAAUCCAUUAUAGAAGAACAUCUUAAUAGACUUCUUAAUAUUUAAGAAUUAAUACAACAAAAAGUCAUUAUUGAUACUUAUCGUAUGCAUUCCUUUGGAGGAACAACCAAAAUUAGAAGACAAUGGUUAGAAUAAUUAAAAUGGUACCAAACAUAACCUUUUAAAUAAUUAAGAGAUUAUUUUAAAGAAGGAUAAAAUUAAAAUUUUAAAUCUUGUUCUAUAUUAAGAUUAUAUUUUGGAGAAUAAAUUGCUUAUUUCUUUGCCUUUAAAUCUUAUAUUACUUGUUUUAUGAUUUUUGCAGCAUUUCCAGGGGUCAUACUUUAAAUUUAUAUUUUAGCAAAUAAUGAUUUUAAUUCAUUAUUCCUUCCAUUGUAUGCAAUAUAUAUGUCAAUUUGGUCUACAAUAACUGUUGAAUUUUGGAAGAGAAAAUAGUGUGAAAUGAAUGCUAGAUGGGGAUUAUUAGAUUAAAUGAAUUAAUAAGAAUUAACAACCAGAUUAGAAUUUUAAGGAGAUGAGUAUAUGAAUCACAUUACACAUUAAAUUGAGAAAUAUGAAUAAUCAGGACAUUCCACAAUUAUGUUUAUGAUUUCAAUUCCUGUAUUGAUUUUAUUCAGUUCUUUUAUAGUUGGAUUAUUUGUAACAAUUGAUUACAUUUAAUAAACUUAUACUAAUUCAAGUUAUUAUAAGCUUUUAGUUGGAGUUUUACAGGGUAUUUGUGUAUCAGUUCUAAAUAUCAUUUAUACAGCAUUGGUUCAUUAUUUUGUAGAGAAAGAGAAUCACAAAUAUGAAGAGCACUAUGAAAGCUCAUUAAUAUAUAAAAAUGUUUUAUUCAAAUUCAUUAAUAGUUACAUUGCAGUGUUUUAUACAGCCUUUAUUAAAUUAGAUAGUAGUUAUGAAGAAAUAUUUUACAUUCUUGUACCUGUGUUAGUGAUUAAAUAAUUAAGUUAUUUAAUAGCUAUAAUGAUGAUUCCUCAAAUUAUUUAUAAAUAUAAGGAAAGUUCAUAUUUUAAAUUGUUUAAAGAAAAAUUAAACCAAAAAUAAUAUUAAGAUCCUAUUGAUUUGUUAUGGAAAGAAACUACAAAUGUUCCACUUAAAUCUUAAGGCAGAAUUGUUUUAAAUCUAACAACUUAGUAAGUACAAUAAAAUAUUGAUAUGGAUAGUGUUGAAUUGAAUGGUCUAAAAUUACCUGCCUAUAAAUAUUUAAUGACUAAUUAUUUCAUGGAGACCAUGAUAGAUUUUGGCUUUGUUACCCUUUUUACUGCUGCCUUUCCGAUAGGCCCACUUAUUGCUAUGAUAAUGAAUAUUAUCGAAAUUAGAAUGAAGAUCUAUAGCUUUAAUAGUGUAUUUAAAAGACCUUAAGCUCAAAGGGUAGCUGGAAUUGGAGAUUGGAUGUAUAUUUGGGAAUUCUUAAGUUUCAUAGGGGUUUUUACUAAUUAUGCUUUAGUAUUUCUCAAAUAAGGAGAUUAAAUUAAUAAUUUUCUAUUUCCAACUGGUAAUGUAACAAGAACAAAUAUGCUUUGGUUGUUCUUACUAUUUGUUUUUUUAAAUGUAAUAUUAAAAUAUGUUAUUUAAUGGGUAAUUCCAGACAAACCUACUUGGGUUAGUGAAUGGGAAGAAGAUCUAAAAAAUAAAAAGAGGUAGAAUUCUGAAUUAAAAUAAAAAGAAGAUGAAUGUUAAUAAUUAAAUAAUAGAAUUAGUAGGCUUGAAAAAUAGAAUUAAAAGUUGAUUUAAAGAUUGAAUAUUGAACAAAAUUUUAAUAAUAUAUCCAUUCAAAAUGAAUCUUUAUUGCAAUAGACUAUUUAAAGUGAUAGUGGUUCUUAUUUAACUCUCUAUUAUAGAAUGGAAAGAGACAUUGCAUUAGAGAAAAUAAAUUAAAUUUUAAAAUUAUUAAAAUAAAAAAAACAACUUUUGAUUAUUUGUGCAGAAUGUUAAACAAAUGAAGCAGUUGUAUUAUGUUUGUAAUGUAAAAUACAUUAUUGUAAAAUAUGUUAUGUUGAUUUAUGUAAGUCACAUAAAAUAGAGCCGAUUUCAAAUGGAUUUUACAAAAUGUUUUAUUAUUCAUUGCCUUUGGUAAAUUAGUAAGGAUUAAAGCAUUUAUUUGAUAUUUUAUGUACUUAUUAUGAGAACAAAUCAUAUGGGACAAAGUUAUUUAUAGGAUUUGAUGAGUUUUGUAUAGAUGACAAGUAUGUGAUAAAUAAAUUGCACAGUGUAAUGUAUAAGAAAGGUAAAUUGAAUUGGGAAGAAUUUUCAAAAUAUGUAUAACAAUUAUAGAAAGGGACAUUUGAAUAGAGAGUAGUAUUAAUGUAUGAGUUUAUGGAUGAAGAUAAAUAGGGAAUGAUAAGUCGAGAUGAAUUUUAGAAUUAUGCAGUGUAUCAGAUGGUGUAGGAUACAAAUUUUAGAGAGAUUUAAAUAAUGUCAUCUGAAAUGGAGGAUAAGCGAGAGUUGAUUAGAUAGACAAUUUCAUCAGCAUAACAUUCUUAACAGAUUAGAGAAUAUUUGAGUGCUUUACUAUAAAUAUGAUUAUUAUUGAUUUUUUGUAUAUUGUCGGAAUAGGAGGAGCGUCGUUGGGUGAAUAUUUCUUCGAUAAACAAAGAAGCUACCAAGCAUACCUGAUGUUAUCAUCAUUAUGUGUUUUAAUAAUAUGGUUUGGUAUAAGAGUGAAGAGAAGACAUUUUAAGAACGAUCGCAUUGAACUGCUUGGACUGUUGUUGAUUGGAAAUACAUUAAGAACUAUAGGAUCAACACAUAUAAGCGAGAUGUAUUUUGCAUUAUUCCCAAAAAGGUUGCUUUAUAUCAUUCCAAUCUAGAAUCAUUAACAUCCUAAAAAAAUGUUUCUUUGUUUGCCUUUUAUAGCCAUUGUAGUUAGUGUGAGAUUAGAAUUCAGUUAUGAACAUACAAUAGUAGGUUAUGCAUUCCUUCUUUUAAUUUGGUUAUCUAGUUAUCAUCCAAUAGAGAGAGUAACUUAAGUAUCAAAGAAUCAUAGUUAUUCAAAAACAUGGAUAAAUCCAUCAGAUAGUUUAAUAAUCAAUUAGAAUGAUAAAUAUGAUCUUAUAGUUAAUCGUUAAGGCAAAUUAAUAUCUCAAACAUUAGAUUAGCGUAAACGUAUGGGUACUGAUGAUCCUAUACUAGUCUAACAAAUACUUAAAGAUAUCACUAUUCAUAAACUUGAUAAAUAAUUUAAAAAACUUAAGGUUAUUACUACUCUUUUAGAAUUAAUAGAAACUUUAGAUCUUAUUAAAUGUAAAGUUUUAGAUUGUUCUGCUCCUUUUGGAGAUAAUUACAUGAUUGAAUUAACUAUUAUUAAUGAAAAUAUUUGUUUAAAUUUCUAAGAUAUGUAUGAAAUUAGAGAUUAUUGGGAAAGAAAGGUUACUAAAUAACUUAUGAAUUAACUAUUUCGUAGUUUUAGUCAUGAAUUUAGUACUUCCUUAAAUUGCAUUAGAAUCCUUGCUGAAAAUGCUAUUGAAGACAUUGAAGAUGACUAUAUUGUAAAUACUUGUAUCUAACCUAUUUUAAAUUCCUCUUAUAUUCUUAAUUCAAUUGUCUAAGAUGUUAGAGAUUUCAGUUUGAUUUUGUCUAAAAAUUUUGUGUUGACCAUUCAAAUAUAAAAUAUUCAAUUACUUAUUCAUGAAGUUGCUGAGUUAUAUAGAUAAUAACUCAAUAUGAAAGGAGUUGAACUCAAUGUUAAAAUGAAUGAACUAUAUAUUCAUACUGAUGGACAAAGAUUUAAAUAAGUAUUAAAUAAUCUUUUAUCUAAUGCAUAAAAGUUUACAUUUUCUGGUAGUAUUACCAUUGAUGUUUAGGAGUAAAUCAUUCAUGAUUAAUCAUUUAUUAAAGUGUGUGUUCAAGAUACUGGCUCUGGAAUGGAUUUAAAUACCCAAAGUAGAUUAUAAGAGUUUCUCAAAUAACCACAUAAACGCAAGUCGAAUCUUAAUUAUGGUUUAGGUCUUAUGAUUAGUAAUACUAUUUGUAAUGGUCUAUCUCCAAACUAUGAAUCUGGUAUACAUUUUCAAUCUACUAAUAAUGCUGGAUCUUUAUUUUGGUUUUUCGUUGAAGAUCUUAAAACCAUGGAAUUACCUGAUGUUGUUAGUAGAAGAACUAUCAAGUACAAUAAAAUACACAGUUCAGGUAGAAGCUUUUUAGAAUAAAGUUUCCUCAUUAGUCCUAGUGAUAAAAAGAGGUAAUCAUCUUUUACAUUCUCUUUAAAAGGAAAAUAAAAGUUGAUUGAGAAAUAAUCAGAAAGUAUUUAUAAUAAUUUAUUUUAAGAUUUUUCAGAACCAGAUGAUGCUAUUUGUGCACCUUAUAUUUUUAGAGAAGGACCUAAAAAACCAUAAAAACAUAGAUAUCCAUAAAUAGAUUAAGUUGUUAGUGAAUAUGCUGAAGAUAGAGCUAAAAUACUCAUUGUUGAUGAUGAAUUUGUUAAUAUCUAUGCAUUAACUACAAUGUUAUCUAGAUUAAAUCUUAGAUGUGAUUCAGCACAUAAUGGAAAAGAAGGAUUAGAUAAAUUCAAAUUAUAAUACUAUUAAGUCAUUCUUAUGGAUGUUGAAAUGCCAAUCAUGAAUGGUAUUUAAGCUACUUAACAAAUUCUUGAAUUUUGUCAUUCUGUUGAUUUGGAUCCUCCAAUUAUAAUUGCCUAAACUGCUUAUACUGAUAUGUAGACUAAGUAAAUGUGUAAAGAGGUCGGAAUGGAUUAUUUCCUAUAAAAACCUAUAAGUACUAUUGAAAUUAAAUAAAUUCUAUAAACUAUUUAGUUGACAUUAUGA